UUUAUUCGAAGUUUCGAUCUUUUCCUAGUGGAGAGACGGAUAGUACAGAGUUAUAUAAAGAUAAAGAAAGAAAGAAAGAAAAAAAGAAAGAAGAAACAAAAAUGGAAUAGAGUGAAGAUAGGGUAGAAAAUGAAAGGUGGGGCACAGAGACGAAGCAAGACGGCCCUGGGUUUCGUAGCGUUAAAGGCUACGAAAAGGGCCGAACGUGAACGAAAAGGGGCGAAGCCGAGCGCCGACGAUUGAGCAGGAGGUUCGGCUCGUCGGCGAGAGAGCCGUCACGACUGCCUCUAGCUCCGGUUAUGGCUAUUGACCGAACUUGACAGACCGGCCGGUCAGCUGUGCACUGUGCCGCUGUCGCUGUCGUUGUCGUUGCCGUUGUCGUUGUCGUUGCCGUUGUUAAUGUGAAAUACUGAACUGGAGAUAUAUUCCAUUUGAAGAAAUUCACUUCCAUCGGCAUAAUUCUCAUUUUUCUACGAGGUGGACCAACCGUCACCACCACUACCUCGUUAUAGCCUUUAUACAAUUAGAACACAACCGACCAGAAGUAGAAGAAGAAGUCGUAUCAAGAGGAAGCGUUCAGGAAGAAAAGGAUCUAUGUGAUUGUCAAACGAGAGGAGACUUCUGAUUUCAUUCCUACGAUUGAACAAAAAAAAACGAUACGAGGAAGUAAAAGGAUUCGAAUGGGAGAUAUUUUUUCCCGGAUCUUCUUGGUCUUUUUCUAUUAAGAAAAAAAGAAAAAAAGAAAAAGACAUUCGUACAGUUGCUACGAGAAUAGCUACGAAGCUCUUCAUCGAAAGAGGUUUAUAAAGAAGACAAGAAACGACGACUUUGAAGCGGCAGAGAAAAAGAGAUCGAGCGCAAGUAUAGUAGAAAAAGAAAAAGAAAGAGAAAGAAGAAGAAGAAAAGAGAGAGAGAGAAAGAGAAGGAGAGAUAGGCGAUCGUCCGCGUCGCUGUUGCAUACGAGCAAGUAAUAAAGUGUGUACAGAGCUCGCGCGUGCAGGUGUGCGGUACAAAAAGUGCAUUGCCCAGUGGACUUUUCCAUCCGGUGGCUCACGAACUGUACGUUAUUUCGCGCUUGAUAUGAGUUUCGUCCACAAGACGAAAGAGAGAACACACGAACACGACGAGGACGGUGACGAGGACAGUGACGAGGGAGAGUUGAUGGUGAGGAGGUGUGAGGAGGAGGUGUGAGGAGGUGGUUGCGGAGAAGAAGGAGGAAGGAGAAAAGUAGGGAGAUACUCAUUCGGUAACUACACUCCUCUCGCGCCGGAAGAAGAAUCGUGGAGGUUUCCUCCGUAAAAGGAGGAAGAGGAGGAAGAGGAGAAGAAAGAAGAGUAGUAGUAGUAGUAGUAGUAUUAGCACUAGUCUAGUAGGGAUAUGUCGUAUUCCUCGUGUGGCCUCGUCGAAAAUCGAAGAACCAUGACGGUACAGUAGAAUCGAUGUGGAAUAGUCUCGAUUUCAACGGAACAUUUUACGAAAAGACUAAGAAAAAGAAAGUUAGAAACUCUAGACUGUAAUAAACAUUUUUGUACGAUUAUUUAUUUAUACUAACGCGCGGAUUUUUUUAAAAGACGGUACGUAAAGGAGUAGGAAAAAUAGAAAAGAAAAGAAAAAAAAAAGAAAAAGAAAAAAUGAAAAUGUGAAUGAGGUCGACAAAAUUCUCAUCCGGUGUAUGAAUUCUUCUUUACCGACGUAGUAUUUUAAAUAUGAGGGGAGUAGAAGAAGGUAAUACGUCAGUCGGUAAAACAGUGUCACGUGCGGUGCCACGCAGUGGAGGAAAGAUGGAAAACGGACAGAGGCUAUUGAGGGAGCCGGUCGCAACCAAUCAGUCGCGAAUUCGCGCUUAACGUGAUAACAGUUACAGAGAGACUGUCUUCUUGCGCGUGAUUCUUACAAUUUUUCACUGAUAUUUAAUUCUAUAAAAACCACACACGUAAGAAGGAACAGUUUAAUCGUUUUUACUUUACACGGGAAAAAUAAAACUGAAAGAAAUAGAAAGUAAGAAAAAAAAGAAAAAAUAGCAACAGAAUAAGAAUAAGAAUAAGAAGCUAAAAGAAGUUAAAAGAAGAGUGGAUCGAAGAUCGUGUGCUACCAAGUCUCGAGUCGGCGGAAGCGAUUUAUUCUCUCGUCGACGACACGGAAACACGUUUCGUUUAAGAAAUUCGUUCGCUAGUUCAACGUUAGCACGAGAAAUUUAUAUCUAUCGUUUGGAAUACAAGAAUAUACGGAAUAGCAGAGUGUACCUAGUAGUGAUACCCGUUGAACGAAUCCAAAGAAGGUUCGUCUUAAAUCGUUAUGAGGCUGAUGUGUUCGACGCUAAAACCGAAAAGAUACGAUUCCGUUCUGGGAGAACGUUCAAGAGGAACUGGUGGAGUUAGCAUCGAUGGAAACGUCAUAGUCUCCAAUGGAUUCUUAUACUUUCAGGGAGAAAAUCAACGAGGAUUGAGGAGCGAGAAAAGCGAAAUGGCCGAAUUCGAAGAAAGUGAAGCUGUCCUCUUGGAGUGGAAAGAACGGAGGGAUUGCUCGUUGCUGCUUGCGAUAGUGCUUUACGAGACCUAGUCCUUGCUACAUUAUCCCAGAGAGAGUUAGAGAGAGAGAGACAAGGAACUAAAGAAAUUGAAGGAUAUCUAAUAAGAGGAUAGUGUAAGAAAGUGCAUAAAAAUAUAGGAAAGUUUUGAUGAUCUCGAGUGAUUUUGGCGAUGAAGCGAGGGACGAGCGCUACCGCGGCCUGCGCGUCGCAGGUACAACAACCGGUAGUCGCGCUUCAGGGGAAGAUACACGAUCUUCUCCUUAACCCAUCGAAUGCUCGUACGGAGGAAGAAGUUACUGUAUUGAAGGGUAUUGGAGGUGUUAAAUCGUUAGUUACAGCGUCAUCGUCAUCCAUUACGGUGACGUCGAAGGAUGAAGCGAAAGCUAAGUCGUCGGCCAUGCCACGGCUGUUGGCUGUUGAUUCGGACAAUUAUAUGCUUAGGAAGGGUGCGGGGAGUACUAACGGAGUCUCCUCGUCUAACCCAACUACGAUGACAGCUCCCACGACGACGACGUCGACAACGUCAUCGUCCAUAGAAACUGUCGGUUGUUCUCGUGUAACGCGAACUUUUUUAACAAACGCUCCUGCAAGUGGAACUUAUAACGAUUUGCAAAUGCAUUCAAUUCUUGGUUAUAAUAACAACAACGAGACGAGACAGCAGCAACAACAACAGCAACAGAAAUCGUUUGAAUCGAGACUUAAAACAACAGGGGGGGUGACUUCUGCUAACACGAAUCAAUUCACCCCGCAAAAGUGGUUCGCUAAUCAUUUACAAGCACAACAAUCUCGUUGCUUGUUGAACAGUUCCAAUAAUGGCAACAACAAAUUUGAUUGUCAACAACAGCAACAAUUUUUGCGUGCAUGUAAUAACGACGAUAAACGCGAUAAUGAUAUUGAUAUUGAUAACAAGUCGACGAGUUUACCGUGUUGUGCCCGAGUGUUUUCCUUUCAUCGAUAUGUAUGUAGGUGCAACGAUGCUGGUGCUGUUCACUCGCGGCAACAACAGCAAUUUCCUCAGUCGAGUAAAGAAUCGUGGGAGAUCGAGAGCACUGUUACCGUAGAUUCGAAUCGGCUCAUGAACGAUGCGAUUGUUGGAUCUAAUUUGUCAACCGAUAAAACUGCUCGCUUGUCAAAGGGCAAAAACCUGUAUAGUAUCCUCGAGGCGCGGACGUUCCCUGCCUCGAGGGUGCCACUUGGAAGAUUGUCCGCGUGUUGCUGCAUGUGUGCUUCGCUCUGUCCCGCAGACUGCCGCGCGUGCUUCCACAUCGUCUGUUCGGUCUACAGCGGACAACACCUGUGCCAAUGGAGUAACAAGGGUCACGCGCUGCCCGGUCAAAUUUUUUAUGAGGACAAGCCCGUCAGUGAAUGGACAUCGUUAGACGUACUCGAGUGGAUGUCAGCGUUAAAUCUCUACAGCUAUGCGGAUAUUUUCAAGUCUAAAGAUAUCAAAGGCAGCGAUCUCCGGCAUCUGGAUCGAGACAAACUCAUGCAUAUGGGUAUAAAAGAUGAGCUCGACCAGAAGAUCCUUUUGGUGUGUAUCGAGGAACUCUGCCAGACGUCGACUCCCCUCUCGUUGCCUGGUAGCACGGACGCGAAUACAUCUUCCACGACAACGAGCACGACGACGAGCACGACGACCAGCACGACCACCAGCACAACGACCAGCACGACGACGGUGCCAUCGACAACAACAACAACAACAACAACAACAACACUGACAUCAGUUGCAACCGGUAGUAGCACCGUCAAUGCGAGCUGUGGUAUUGGCCUCGCCCAUUCGCCCAACAAUACAACCAACGAUAGUCAUAAUCUUGUCUUGCAUAGCUUCAGUAUUUUGGAAAAGUGUGACAAGUGUCGUAAAUAUCUCAGGGGUCUCUUGCAUCAAGGUUUCCUUUGCCAAGAUUGCGGCCUGGUAACUCACAGAACGUGCUCGGCAAUUGGUCUGCCCAUAAGCUGCGUCCCCGCUGAGUCGAAAAACCGUAGCAAUAGAUAUGCUUCCGUAUUCGGCCUUGCUUUGUGUUCACAAUUCGAAACAUCCUCGCGUACUGCUCCGAUCUUGGUGGAAAGAUGUACACGUCUUCUCGAAGAAAGAGCAUAUGCGGAUACGACUCUAGAUCUCUACAAAGUUUAUUGCAGUAAACCUAACGAGCAAACCCUUGAGUUACGACAAAACUUGGACGAAGACGUGCACAACGCUGAUUUAGAUCGAUAUACUCCUCAAUGCAUUGCAAGCGUUUUGAAAAUGUUCCUGCAAGAAUUACCAGAUCCGGUAAUACCGGUACAAUUUUAUGACAGGUUCCUAGAAGCAUCAAAUAUGAGAAGUGACGAGCAGUGUGCUGCCCGUUUAGGACAACUUGUUACUGAACUUCCGGAACAUCAUCGUAGUACAUUGUUUCACUUGAUGGCUCACUUUUGUCGUAUAUGUCAGUUGCAACAUGGGAGGGGUUACACGGAACCACCCACCGUACUUGUCCAAGUGUUUCGUCAUAUAUUUAUUAGGCCGCCCUGGGAACGAAUCAUACAAAUUAUACACAAUACAAAAGCUUACAUAAGGAUAAUGGAACUACUGUUGCUGCACGUUGAUUGGAACGAAAGAUUGCCCGAAUUUGCUAGUGCUCCACAGCUUCCACCACGGAAAUUUUCGAGACCUCAGUUUCCUGUUCUAGAUUCAUUUCCGGUUCUUGAAGAAGAUAAUACGACUGAAAAAUCGGGAGCUGCUGGUGACAGUGCCAAGGAUCAACAGUCUCAUAGGCCACGAACGCUUCAGGAAGCUGAAUGGUAUUGGGGAGAUAUAACGAGAGAUGAAGUAAAUGAAAAAAUGAUUGAUUCGCCUGAUGGUACUUUCUUAGUUCGCAAUGCGUCUUCCAAAGGAGGUGAAUAUACUCUGACGUUACGUAAAGGUGGUACGAAUAAGCUUAUCAAAAUUUGUCAUCGCAAUGGAAAUUAUGGCUUUUCCGAGCCGUAUAAUUUUCAUUCGGUUAUCGAACUGGUCGAUUACUACAGGAAUUGUUCCUUGGCUCAAUAUAAUUCUACUUUGGAUAUCAAGUUACUAUAUCCUGUAUCACGUUUUCAACAAGAUGACGAGAUUGCAAGUACAACGGACAUGGCAACGGUCAAGCAAAAGUUUGCCGAAUUGAGCAAAGAAAUAGUUGAUACGUGUCGACAAUAUCAAGAUUGUUCCGAAUUGUAUAGUAAAACGGCUUACGAGGUUCAAUUAAAAAGACAAGCUCUGGAAGCAUUUUCAGAAGCGAUUAAAAUGUUUGAGGAUCAAAUGAAAUUGCAGGAAAAGUUCCAGAAAGAAGCUCAGCCGCACGAGAUAUCGACCUUAACCGAAAAUGCAGAACUGUUGAAACGCAGAUUGAAAUCUUUAGAAGACAGUAAAGAACAAUUGGAUGAUAGUUUGAAGCAGCGAAUCGCUUAUAAUAGAACUCUUGAAAGAGAAAUGCAUAAGUUAAAACCGGAAAUUAUUCAACUAGUAAGGCAAAGGGACAAACAUUUCACAUGGUUGAAGAAAAAUGGCAUGACGGCAAACAAAAUCAAUCAGUUAGUGCUAAAUCAUUCACUUACAAAUCCAUUAGUUGGCGAUUUAGUAUACGGAGAUCUUCCAGAAGUUGAUUUAGAAGUACAUACAGAGGAGAAGACUUGGCUCUAUUUGGAAGGAUCACGUUCUGAUGCCGAUCGUAUUCUUGCUGGUCGGCCGGAUGGUACGUUCCUUGUACGAAGAUCAAGAACUGGCCAAUAUGCUUUGUCAAUUAUGUGCAACGGUACUGUAAAUCACUGUAUCAUAUAUGCGACUGAACGAGGUUACGGUUUCGCUGAGCCCUACAAUAUUCAUGAGAGCUUGAAACAUCUAGUGCUACAUUAUGCUCAAAAUUCUUUGGAAGAGCAUAACGAAAGUCUGAGUACGACGUUGGCUUAUCCGGCUUUUGCACCAUCCACGGCUUUGGCACAGCUACAGACUCAACAAAUGCAAUUGCAAAUGCAUAUGCCCACACAAAAUCAAAUACAGUUUAAACGACCUCUCGAAAACCAAUCCCAAUUUACACGAAGUUUGGAAAAUCAACAUUUUAUAAGUCAUACGUAAUAUUUAUAUGUUUACCGACCUGGUCGAAAUUGUUUGAUAACUUCAGAUAGUUGUGCGUGACUUUACGCAAGAAUCGGUCACGUAAAAGGAACGAACGAGAAAAAGAAAACGUACUUUAUGAAUUUAAAUUCAUAUGUAUGCGAUAGAAGACAAAUACAAGGGAAACUUGUAAUAACGUUGCACCUUCUGAAGGAAGGAUUAUUAAAA